CGCCCCUGCCCUGACAUUGUGGUUUUGCUGCAGCUCAUACAACCUGAAUAACCUGACAUGAAACUUCUCUGACAUUUCUGAGAAAGACAACUGAGUUACAUGAAGGCAGAUUGAAUACAUGGACUCUCACACACUCUGAGACAUGAUGUUCUGUCUAGACUUUCCACUAUACCUCAUGGAAAGUUUGAAGCGCUGGAGUUCAAUAUAUGGAUACGUUGCUGUGUUUAUGUUCCUCACGACGGUCAGCAAAGGGUCAACAUGUGAGGCUCCUUCAAGUCCUCAGUGCUUCAGAAGAAACGCUGAUGAGUCAGUUUACAUGUGUGAAUGGAGCAUGAACAUGACUGAGAGCGAUGUGACAUUUGAUCUUUACUUUAAUGAAACAAAAUUUAACAUUAAGAAGACCUGGCAUGAGAUCCCUGAGGAACAGCUGAUUAAACAUCGGCUUGUUCAUAUUCGGGUGGAAGCUCACGUAGGAAACUCCAGCUGCAGGUCACUUAAGACGUCUGUUAAACUUGUGGACACAGUUAAGUAUGAAGCACCAGGAAAUAUUUCAGUUUCCUGGUUAAAAAACAACCUCAGCUUGGUAUGGAGAGCUGCAGAGAAGUAUCCAGCUUUAGCCGAGGUGUGGUUUCGACGAGAUAAACACCCCAUAGAAUCAUGGGAAAAAAGAAAAAUGACAACCACUAUCAGUCAGACCUCUAUGUGCCAGGUCAUUGUUGCAAAUCUCUUGAACCAUAAGGCUUACCAGGUUCAGAUCAGACAUCAGCCCACACUGGCCCGGGCCCUUAAUCCACUGUGGAGUGACUGGUCUCAAGUUGUGAUUGUUCCUGGAGAGCUUGAACAUAAACCCGAAGUCACCAUGACCAAGACGCUUGUAAAUAACGGCCGAAGAGUGACACUAACUUGGAAGCCAGUGCAACAUGCAGCAGCAGUCAGAGGAGUGACUUACAGCCUAAACGACACUCAGUCUUCUCAUGGAUGUCCUUGUCGUCCUGUGAAGAACAGAGAUCCCAUCAGCACGACUAGUUACACUACUUAUGUGUCAUACUCAGCUGUCAACAUCUCUGUUAUUGCUAGAAAUGCAGCAGGGUCUUCUCCUCCAGCAAUCAUACAAGUGCCAGCUGAAAGUGCUGCGGAUUUAAAAACUUGUGAUAAAACAUUACUGAAUGUAAAAAUAAAUAAGACAACUUGCCUUGAGUGGUACGAGUUUCAAGAUGGUGAUCCAAGACCAGAAAAUAUUCUAACUUUGUCGGGAAGGAAGAAAAAAAAAGAAAAGAUGCAAAUAAGAAAAAACAUAAAAGACUAUGUGCGUUACCUUUACUUCGAACACAGAUGUAUCAGAGGGAAACCACGGACAGUUAAAAUGUGCCUUUUUUAUCAAAAAGAGGGUGUUCCACGCAGAGAACCCCAGGACCUCACUGCGUUUAGCGAAACACACAGUUCUGUUAACCUGUUGUGGAAAGCAAUUCCUUUUGUGGACCAGCAAGGUUUCCUCACACACUACAGGCUUUGCAGUGUGAAAAUCGGCUCACAGGACAAGCAGAAAGAGUGCCAUAACAUAUCAGCCUCACUGACAAAAUACUGUCUAGAAAACUUGACACCAGGAACGAGAUACGAUGUCACCCUUGCCGGUGUGACACGAGCGGGAGAAGGGCUUCAAGCCAAUGUAACUAUCAAAACGCUGCCAGAGAAGCCUGUGAAUGUGUGGUUAAGUCUCGGAUUGCUGUUUGUGUUCUUUUUAAUGUCAAUAAUGUUCACCUUCAUCUUGAAGAGAAUCAAAAACUUGAUGUUCCCUCCUGUGCCGACACCUGUCAUUUUAGAUUUCACCAAUCAUCAGCCACAGAAUCAGGAGACGAUGGAGAAGGAAGAGAAGGUGCAUGAGCUGACGUUGCACCAGCUGCCUCCAGAGCACAAGACUCUCCUCGAGGACCUCGAGGAGAGCACUGUCCAGGAGCGGGAUGACAGUACUGACGAGGACCCGGAGAAUGAGAGGGGAGAUUCACAGAUGUCAGAGGGGACCAGUGAUGAGUGUUUGAGUCCUGGCUCUACAGAACAGGUGCUGAGGUGCUCUAGAGAAGACAUCGAACAGAUGGAUGAGCUCACCAUGCUGAUAUACAGGAAAGGACUGGUGUUCGAUGUGAAGACAGACUCCCCUGAAAAUGGACUUAACUGAAGGUUUUUCCACUGCAUAAAUGUAACAGGGUUGAUAUGUUUGUUGACUAAUACUAAAGACUGGAUGACUCAAUGUAGUCUUUUUAUAUAGAUGUCUAAAGAGCAUCUUGUAAUAAGGAAAAUAUGUAAUUCUUGUUUGACAUUCAUGUCUGUAUGACUAAACACAGUGACAUUACAUCACAUUACAUAGGGAGGCCAGUUUAUGAAAGCAAGCACUCACAGGCUUUGUCAGUGCACAUUGUCAAUAAACCUUAGUAGAUAGUAAAUUUUGGUUCAGACUUUUAUGAUUCUUACAAUCUUUAGGUUUGUCCAGACAAAAAAGAUUCUUACAUAUUGACAAAUUUUGUUGCACAGACCUGCUUUUUAGCCAUGUCAGCGUCACCACGACGGCUCACCACUUUGGUCCAGACUGAAAUAUCUCAACAACAUCUGAUGGACUGACAUGAGCUUGAUUUUAUACAGACAUUCAUGGUCCUCAGAGGAUGAAGCCUACUGUCUUUGGUGCUCCCCGGACUUUUCCUCUAGUGUCACCAUAAGGCUGACAUUUGUGGCUUGUAUGUCCCAAUAACUGUGUGAUGGAUUAAUUAAUGAAUUUGGUGCCAUUCUUUUUCUUUGUGAACUUUGGUGAUCCCAUAACUUCAUCAAUAGUUUUGCUUUGUGAUCAAGCACCUUCAAAACUAAUAACAUUUCCAUCAACCACAGCUGUACUUUGUGUAAGGUGCUACUUUGCAUGUUAGCAAGUGCUAACACACUAAACUGAAAAACCAAUUAAAGGAUAAAUAAUACUUGAACAAUAAACCUAUUGAUUUCUCAUGUAAAAAUAAUACUAAAAUAUAUUAAAAUCAAGGACUGCAUUUUAAGUUUUAAAAAGGUAUAUCAAUUAUUCAGAUGCAGGAGCAUAUGACCUAAAUAAUUUAUAUUGGCAGAAAAAACCUUUUGACUUUUUCAACACAACUCUCUGAACAGUUAUUACAUUCACUUCACUGCAACUACAAAAGAUCAAAAAACAAAUUUAAGACCUUAAGGUUCUACAAUAACCAUUACAGCCUCACCAGAGCUGCUAGCAAUGGCUCCUAUUAUGUGUUAUUUUUCUGCAAUAUGCAACUAAAAAAAUACAUUGAAAGAGUCUUGACCAAGUGUUGUUAAAACAAAACCUGUAGGAAACUACAAAGAAAAGAAGCGGUGGAUGUGACGGCUGAGUAGCGCAAAUGUGAACAUGUCAAAAGGUGAGCAUGUGACAGGAAGUGGUCACAAAAACAAUGACCUUAAAAAAGGUUCACAUGCAAGUGAAAUGCUAGAUUACUCAUAACCAAAAACACUCCUGUGGCGUUUCGAGCUCCCCUGUUCAAACAAAAACGUGUCAUGCUGAUUUGUUAGAAAUGAUGACAGACAUAUAUUAUUUUCCACCACACCGCACUUUUAUUUCUCAGCAGAAAAAAAAGUAUUUUUCUUGGUUCCUGCACUGUUUGGUUGUAGCUUGGUUGAGAAGACUGAAAUCAGCAAGAAUAUCAUUCACAUCACUAUCACUUUGUGUUACAUGUUUUAUCUCUCACCACAUCGAGAUUAAGAUCACGUGUUCUGACCACAGACGGCAGGCGGACACCUAACAAAUGUGAUGUGUGGUGAAGUAAAUACUAUCAACAGACACCACAGUGCUAUGAUCUGUGUGUAUAUUAAAAUCCAGCUGAACUUGAACUUUUUUUGUCUACUACAGCAGUGGUUCUCAAACGUUUUCACAUCAAGGAUCCCUAAAC